AUGCACGACACGCUUCUUACAACCAUGAUUCAAAUUGUAUCAGCAAACCUGAGAGCCAUUGGUCAAAAUGAACGUGAUGUUAGAAUCAAUAAGUUGUCAAAUGCCGCUGGACUCUCUCAAGAUGUUCUCAAUCAAAUCAGAGCGUUGACUCAUGAGCAGCUGCUUGCACUCCUCGAAUUGGUUGUGACCCUGCGACAGUGA